AUGUCGCCCAUGCCUAAAUCCGCCAUUGAGGUGAAAAGAGGCGGGAACUUCAAAAUCAUCAGGUGUUCCAACCAAGCAGCGAUGAUGGUUGGAAAGCAAGUUAGGCAAUGGCAGUCCAUCUGUAAUGGACUAAUCCUGGGAGCACUCUUGACCACCUGUAUGAUUCUACUGUACAUCCUGUCUGCCCCAGAAGUCCACUUCUGCUUACAAGAGCACCACUACAAGACGAAUGCGAAGAGGUCAAAAAGUCUUACCGUCGUUUCUCACCGGACACAUUUCUCUGUUGUGCCGUAUACGGACCGGAAGUGUGUUUUAUUAGUCGCAGUAGUUUUGUUUUUGUUUAUACAUUUAAAAACUUUUUUCGUUUAUAUUGUUACUACCGUAUCGUCCACAACAAUUGUGAAAAUGCAGCAUCAAUAGGAUAAGAUGUAUGUUGAAAGUGCAGAAUACACUCAGUUUUAUGGAGGGAAGAAAUCAAAAAUCCCUCAAGCCAAUUUUAGACAACAGCACUUUGAUCUCUUUUGUCCCUUUCAUAGUUUGUCACUUCAGUCAUUUGAGUAUCCUAUGUGCACAGUUGAUGGAGUGGUUUUUGACUUAAUGAGCAUAGUGCCUUGGAUUAAGAAGUUUGGUACCAACCCCAUAACUGGAGAGAAGCUUGAGGCCAAAUCCCUCAUCAAGCUUAACUUCAGCAAAAACAAUGAAGGAAAUUACCAUUAUCCUGUGCUCUACACAGUGUUCACAAACAACUCUGACAUUGUUGCCAACAAAGUCACAGGCAAUGUUUUCUCAAAUGAGGCAGUGUAACAGCUGAACAUCAAGACAAAGAAUUAUAAAGUUUUGUUGACGGAUGAGCCCUUCACUCGUCAGGAUAUAUCAUAGCAUAUCACAAUACAGGUGAUGAUUACAGAAUAUGAAGAGAAAGCCAAACAGGAUCCAGCUUACCAUCUGAAAAGCACCAACCUGGAGACGCGUGAAACACUGGCAGAGCUCUAUAGAGACUGUAAAGGAGACAAGCUGUUAGCCUCCACUAUAAAGGAAACCAAAAAAACAGACAAACUCAAUGCUGCUCACUAUUCUACUGGAAGAGUGUCUGCCUCCUUUACAUCCACAGCUAUUGCUCCAGCCACAACCCAUGAAGCAGAUAAUAGAGAUAAUGCUAUUGUUGAUGAUUCUGUUUGCUACCAGUAUGUUAAGAAGAAAGGCUACAUUCGUCUGCGCACAAACUAAGGAGACCUGAAUUUGGAAUUACACUGUGAUAAGGUACCCAAGACUGGAGAGAACUUUAUUAAACUGUGUAAGAAAGGAUAUUAUGACAGCACAGUAUUCCACCGAUCUAUUCGAAAUGUUAUGGUCUGGGUCUUUGGGAUAGUUCUUGGUCCUGAUCUGGGUCUUGAAGAGUCUAGUUUUGGUCUGGAUCUGGGUCUCGAUGGCUUCAUCACGUUUCGCUCAUGCGCAUACCUGGACAGGAAGCAUACUGUAUUUGGAAGGGUGGUUGGUGGUUUUGAGACUCUCACCGCGAUGGAGAAUGUUGAAAGUGAUCCUAAGACAGAUAAACCCAAACCCAAGAUAAAGGUGCUGAGCGCUACAGUAUUUGUGGACCCUUAUGAGGAAGCAGAUGCACUGAUUGCAGCCGAGCAUGAGAAGGAAAUACAGAAACAAGAGGAUGAGACAGUGCAAACUUCUGCUUCAGUUACCAAGACAAAAACAGAAUUGCAGCAUAAAACCUUCAGACCAAGAGUGGGCAAAUACAUUAACAUGGCUGCCAAGAAACAUUCCCAUCCAGAUGGUGACAAACCCUCCACUAGUGAAGCGCCUGCCAAGAAACCCAAUGGUAGAAUAGGAUUUGGAGACUUCAGUUCCUGGUAG